AUGCGGACUUUCAGUGUCAACGAUUACACAGUCGGUUGGAUCUGCACCCUAGUUAAGGAAUACGUUGCCGCAAGGGUAUUUCUCGAUGAAACUUACGAAGGUCCGGACAGAGUGUCACCGAACGAUUGCAACGCUUAUACACUGGGCAGAAUCCACAAUCACAAUAUCGUUAUCGCCGUCUUACCCGAAGGCGAGUAUGGCAUCUCGUCUGCGACAGGCGUUAUAAAAGAUAUGCUGCAUAGCUUUCCUAAUAUUAAAAUCGCUCUAAUGGUCGGUAUCGGCGGCGGUGCGCCCAGACCAAUGUAUGAUAUCCGUCUUGGUGAUAUCGUGGUUGGUGCUGGUGAUAUAAAAGGUGGAGUGAUACAGUACGACUUUGGCAAAACAAUACAAAGUCAGGAGUUCCAAAGCACAGGGUUCUUCAAUCAACCACCGUCAGUUUUACUGAGAGCAGUCAAUAACCUUAUAUCCCACUAUCAUCUUAAAGGUCACCAGCUCCAUGAGGCUGUGAAUUCCAUUCUCAAGAAGAAACCAAGACUACAGAAGAAUUACAAGCGACCGGACCUCAGUAGCGACAGGCUAUAUCGGAGCGACAUCGUCCAUCCUCCAACCGAUACAGCAAGCUGUUCAGCGGUCUGUGGCGAUGAUCCAUCGAACUUGAUCUUGCGACAGACACGAGGUGAGGACGAAGAUAAUCCGGCCAUACACUACGGCCUGAUUGCUUCAGCAAACCAGUUGAUGAAGGAUGCCUCGGUUCGGGAUAAACUGGCAGCAGAAAGGGGCGUUCUGUGUUUUGAAAUGGAAGCAGCAGGGUUAAUGAACCAAUUUCCCUGUAUGGUCAUUCGCGGCAUAUGCGACUACGCAGAUUCACAUAAGAAUAAGGAAUGGCAAGGGCAUGCAGCCAUGGCCGCCGCUGCGUAUGCAAAGGACCUCCUCUCUUAUAUCCCCCCAGCCAAGGUUGAGGCGGAAAGGAAAAUUGGCGACGUCCUUCAUGGUCUAGAGGAUGUAAUUGGUCAUCAUAUUGCGCAGAAGCGACAGGACGAUGUACCACGUCUGACUAUAACAGACGAUCAUCUGGCAGUAGCUUCAACAGACCUGUUUGGCGGCGAAGAACCCGAGUCAAGCACCUUAUCCCGAGUCAGAUUUAAAGCGCCAAUCCACGAUGAUAUCGACUCUGCCCAAGAAGAUGACGAAAGGUCGGAAAAGGACUCUGACUCUUCAUCCGAUCGAGGUAGCGACUUCUCUGUAGAUAGAGCAUCUACUGCGCCGACGGAGGCCGAGAUUGACGUGACAAACAUCGACGACAUUGUGAGAACAUUCUUAGAUCUCAUCUUCGAGAACGAAAAUUCGUUAGCGGCCAUUCGUCUAUCUCUUGGAAGAAGAUCGGAAUACUUAGUUGAGAAACAAAUUCGCCUUUUACUGAAGCAAUUUGUUGCAGGCUUGCGAACUGAGUUUGAGACUUCGGAUAAGAACAUUGUCUCUCUCUUCAGUGGAAGAUCCAUCGCUAUUUCGCGCAAGAUUAUCGAAGAAGUUGGGUCAAGCCUUGAAAUGACACCGGAGACUUCGAACAUGGCGACGCAUGAUGCCACAAGUGCAACUAAAGAUGAAGACGAAGAAGCUGGUUUGAAAGCUGAAGGGGGAGACGACGACACUGAUGGUGAAGGAGGAGACGAUGACACUGAUGGUGAGGAGGAUAAUAUUCUUACUGCUGAAAUCGAUGUCCUGGGGUUUCAACGGUUCAUAUCAUCGAGCGCAGCGUUUCAACUAUUUUUGGACGACAUAUAUCACCUAGCCUUUCCCUCAUUCAAGAAGAGCCUGAAAUCACUGCUGAGGAGGUGGAGGCGGAAGGGCCUAGGCAUCCAGGUUGAGAAGAUCAUUUCUGAAAUCUUGUACUCUCAACCCAAGGUAAUCACGGUGACGGAAGAGCAGCCAACAUGGUCUGACCGCAUUAAGGAGCUGGUCGAAACAUCUACUGGCGAGCCGUGGAGUUGGUGGCCGUUGCGGCCCAAGUUCGCACCUCUUCAACAGGGUCAAGUCCGGAUUGCAUGGCUCUGUAAAUGUGGUGAGACGAGAUCAGAAGUGGUUCCGCGCGAAGUUGGAAAGUCUCUAAAGAAAAUGUCUCUCGGAGUGGCUGCAUCCGGUCCUAAGCCUGUAAACAUUUCUGGGCCUUCUGCACCAGAUCAGGUCCAUCUUAGGCCACUUUCUAGAUCUUCAACCUAUAUGCCGGCAAACGUGCCGGCAUUACCACACCAAGAUUCAUAUAGACGAACCACAGGGCCACAUCUCCGUAACCGACGAGCAUACGCAACGCAGACACAAGAAGUUGACUUGAAUUCUCUGGCUGUGUACUUCAUGGUCGACAAUAGUAGCUUGUUCCCGUGGAAGGCAGGACUGCAGAGAAGCCUCAUCACCUCGACGAACCUGUGUGAUGAGGUUUUUUACUGGAAAAUGAGACAGGAGUAUUGGAAACAUCGUGGGUGGUGGAGGCAAUGGUUUAGUCUUUAUACGUUUGUUGGCUGCGACUUUUAUCAGUUCAAACGUUAUCGAGCAAACCGAUUUCGGGAAAGCCAGCCGGGGCUGCCGAACCAGACCGAAGACAAGUACGAAUACGAUGAUGAAGAUCCUCCGCCACAAGUAAGCUGGGAGGAAUUCAAGGACGGAUACUGGUACAACAAUACCAACUGCUUCUCCGCCUCUCAAUGUUCAGGGAUGGAGGCGCUGAGAAGGAUACCGCAGAAGAUUAUUGAGACUGCCCAAGACGGGAAGCAUGAUGUGUUCUGGGGGAUAGUGGCCCGACAACAAAAGUCCUUUGCCAUGGUGUUGAUAUACAUUACCAUAGCAGGGCUGCCUAUCUUCCUAUCGAUCUGGUUCUUUUUCUGGUGGUUGAACCCAGGAGAGCUGACAGAUGAAAUCCGGCUCGCCAAUCGCCGAGACAACCUUUCGAAUGCCUUUAUACCUCUGGGUAUAGCCAUUGCGUUUGAAAUGGGAGUUUUAGCGUGUGUGAGAUAG